AUAUGUAGCUCCCAUUAGGCGAAUUCGUGGGAGUAAGGGACUCGAACUAUUGGUUCAGUCUGGGCGUAGGCUCGAAGAUAUGAAUCCAUUGGAGCGUAGACGAGUCCUUAGGCAACAGUAGCUUCAAAGAAUUGUGAUGGAAAGGACUAUUGAGAAACAAUUCAGUAUUAGGAUAAACUUCAAGGAUGUUCUCGAUGAUCGAUGGUCUGAUUUCGAGGAAAACCCUAAUAUUUCAAAAGAGGAUGAGCGAUCUUGGGGAGAAAUUGGUUGGAGAGAAGAUACUGACGAAGGUUCCGGCGGUUCGAUCUACUUGCAAAACAUGGGAGGCUAUAACCAAAAGCUGGGUUAUGGGUAAAGCAGCAGCAGCGCCGCAUGAGUUUCUGGGGUUCAUGAUGAUGAAUGCGAAGGUCUACUCUCUGAGGUACAAUAUCGGCGAAGAUUUGGUUGAUGUAAAGGAGGUAGAUUUGCUUAAUCAGUUGGAGAUAUCCGAGGUAUAUCACUGCGAUGGGUUGGUGUUAUGCGUGGCUAUGGACCACUCGAAGCUGGUGGUGUGGAACCCUUACCUGUAUCAAACAAGGUGGAUCGGGCCGAGGUUAGGAGAAAACUUCAACAUAAGAGACAUUUACUCCAUCGGAUACUCAGACAAGAAGCGUGACCACAAAAUCCUGAGGUUUGUGGAUGAUUACAGUGCCCCCGGACCAACACACGUUUUCAGGAGCGAAAUCUAUGAAAUUAGCUCUGAUUCAUGGAGAGUCCUCGAGGCCAAGCCCAAGCCCAAGUGGGAGAUACAGAUAGAUGAGCAUCAGCGAGGCGUGUCUGUCAAGGGAAACACCUACUUUUUUGCUCAUGAGAGAUAUAAUAAUUGCGCAGAUGUUAAAGAUUUCUUGCUCUGUUUUGAUUUUACCAAAGAGAGGUUUGGACCACGCCUCCCUCUUCCUUUUCACUCUUACAAUGAAGACUGCGUGACCCUCUCAAACGUUAGAGAUGAGCAGCUUGCGGUCCUGUUUGGUGAUUUUGCAUCAAGCUUUUUUGAGAUUUGGAUUACCCUCACGGUUGAGCCCGACUACUUGUCCUGGAACAAGUUUUUGCGAGUGGAAACGACUGCUUUAACGUUGUUUAGGCUUGAUGCUUUUUUGGGUGGGAGCUUCUUUGUUGAUGAGGAAAACAAAGUUGCUGUGGUGUUUGAACUAGACGAGUGUCUAUCCACCUUUACUCCUCAUCAAAACAAGGCUUUUGUGUUUGGACAAGCCGGCUACAUCCACUCUGUUACUCUCGGACAAGUUACCAAAAUCCAACUCCUUUGCCCCUAUUCCGGAGAGCACAUUCAAGCUUUUCUUCCCCCACUUGUUUGCUCUUCCUCUUACCGUCCAAGCUUAGUCCAAGUCAAGCAACCCCUCUGCACAAAAGGAAACGCGACCUGCUCAAUGGGCAAUGGCUAAGUGUUAAAUUGAGGAUGUUAAUCAGCCAGGUCCAAGUUUGAGAUUUGGAAGGAGCUGGAAACUCUUUGCUUUUGUUUUAUGUUGGUUGUUAUCGCAGUAUUCCCGUCGAUAACAUUAACCUUUGUCGAGUCCUUUUUAUUACAAAAUUGAUUUUACUA